AUGGCUGCUUUGGAUAUGCAUUUGAGCGCCUCUGCCAGCGGUGGAUUCAACUUGGGUCCGUCCGCUCUAGAGGCUUGGCAAGGCAAUUUGCGGGAUCGAAUCGACCAAUGCGUGGAGAAUGAUUUGAGCAGCCCAGAGGCCCAGGGUCGCCCCCAGGCUUUGACAUCAUUUGCUGCAGAGGAUGAUGAUGACCUCUCAGACUGCUUUCCACCUGCAGUAGAAGAAUCGCCAGCUGAGCUGCAGGCUGAAGGCGCAGCUGCAGAGAAGGUUACUGUUGCUUUGUCACCAGUGCCAGUGUUCCUGGGCGCAGAAGCAGCACGCAGCCAGGAGGGUAUGCCUUCAGAGUGGACUGGCUCGGAGGGUGAGCUUUCAAAGGCGUCCUCCUCUUGCGCUGAUGAUCCUCAGAGAUGGGAGGUGGAGGCGGUGAAUGCCAUUGAAAUGCCUGAGAGCAACGUGGUUGAGGACGAAGGACGCGCCGAAGCAGCAGAGGCAAGCAAGGCAGAAGAAUCUACUACUGCGCUGGAUGCAAGAAUUGAUGAAGGGGCAGAUGAAAGGCGUGAUGAGAUGGACCCCACAAAGCUCAGAGGAGCUUGGCGUGGUGAGAGCGUCUCGCCAGAACGUAGGACAAAUUCUGAAGCGCUUUGGCAUAUCCUAAGGACCAAGCCUCUGCGACCGCCAAAGUCAGAAGACAACUACGACAUGUCUUCUGCGGGCGAUCCAGAUAUGACGGAAGAAGAGCGUGCACAGCAUGAGCUUGACCUUGAAGACCGCAGAGUAACGAAGCAGUCUCCAAGAUGGUGCGAAAACUAUUUGGAGCUUGUCCACCAGCAGAAAGACUGGGAUCCAGAUACUGUUUUUGGAGAGGUGCCACCCUGCGAUCUGGAUUCGGUGUUCCCAGAUGCACUCUAUAUGGAGCUGAACUUGCAGCGCACGUACAAAAAGCGUAGAGGGUCUUCAGCAAAUUGGAAAAAAGACCAGCUGAAGCCCGAUGAAAUGGCGAACUACAAGAGAAAGCUUGGUCUGAAAAAG